AGAUAAGCUUAGGUUAGAACAGACGGGAAAAAAGUCACUCUUCUCUGUGUUUCAAUUGAGUGGCAACAGCGGAUAGAAAAAAAAGCGACAUGGCAACCCCCGACCCUCCCUUUCCUGACACCCUGGCUGGCUUCGGGUAUGAGUUCAAAGAUGGCCAGCUCAAAAACAUACAGACUGGAGACCCCUACGUCUUCGCUGUUCGCCCAGACGACCAAGCCUACAACCAGAGCUAUUACGAUGCCCUGGGAGAGCUCGUACUACAAGAGGUCUACAAACUGGUCAAGAGAGAGGCAGGCAUGGUCAAAGCCCCCAUACCCCUAGGCAGCAGACCAGAGGACCCCCAGACCUUCGUGUUUGUGUCCAGUGACUUCAUGACCAACCAUGACAAGAUCCUGGUCCUCAUACAGGGGAGUGGCGCCGUGAGGGCCGGCCAGUGGUCGAGGAAGCUGACCAUCAACAACAGCAUAGACGUGGGAACCCAGAUCCCAUACCUCCAACUUGCACGAAGAGAAGGCUAUGCUGUGCUGGUGCUGAACCCUAAUGACAAUUAUCGAGUGGUUAAUAACCAGAAACAGAUUAUUAAA